AUGGCCACCUCUGCCCCCCAGACCCCGAUUCGCCGCCGCUCGACCGACCUCACGAGCCCCCCGAGCCCCCCCGGCCUGACACCGACCAUCGUCAAUGCAAAGUCAAAGAGGAGACACCACCGCAAUCAGCGACGGGAGCGGGAGCGUGUGCUGCAGGCCAGCCUGAUGACGGCUCUGCCUCAGCGCCCUGCUCCCUCGGACGGCGUGGAUGAGCUUGCGAUCGCAAAGCCCGCAGCGGACACCGACAACUCCCACAACAACAACAACAACAACAACAACAACAACAACAACAACAACAACAACAACAACAACAACAACAACAACAACAACAACAACACCGACACCAACAGCAACAACAGCCAGGACGCGGACAGCGACGCGGACAGCGACCACAACAGCAACGGUGACCAGAAUCAGCAGAAGCCUAUUAUUGAGACUACUGAUGAUCACAAUGCAGAUGACCAGCACAUCGACACCGUCAGUGACAGCGAUGAACCCAGCUCCCCAAUCAUGGGCAUUGGCCUCCGCCCCAUCAGCAAGCCUGUGUCUGUUGUUGUCGACAACACUCGAAGAAAGCGUCGCGCCCGAUCCCUCGUCGCAAGCGAGGACGACGAUGUCGCAGCCCCGUCGACACGCCAGAAACGCGCCCGCGCGAACAAAUACCUGACAAGGAAGGUGAACCCAGAAGGCUAUCCAGGCUGCAGCCCGAGUCUGAGACCCCGAGUCCGAGACCCCGACCCCGUCGUCGCCGAUCGCCCCUGCGUCCGCUGUGCGAAAAACCUCUUCGUCCUUGACACAGCCACUGGCAAGGUGGUCGGUCCGGCCGUCUGUGUGCUGAAGCGUCGCCGGGCAAAGCGUUGCACUCGGUGCGCUGAAGGGAAUAAAAAGUGUAUUCCCCUCCCCGCAAGCCUGGUCCGACGGGCUUUGUCCCUGGCGCGGAUGCCCUGGACGAAGGAGGCCGCCCAUCAAACCCUCGAGUUCCAUUUCGACAUCGAUGCCGAGCUGCAGAAGGCCAACAAACAGAAGGCAAGGGUCAUUGCAGGGGGUGGAUGUGGUGCUGGCGCUGUGCUUGAAAUACACCAGUUCUGGCGCCAGGUACAGCUGUCAGUGCUGUACCACACCUUUCAGCUGCGGAAUGAGAUCCGCUCGCUCAAGAACUUCGCUCCAGUCCCAGCAUCUGAGAUGCUGGUGGGCCUGGACAAGUUCGACAACGCCCUGGCUGCCGGUGCUGACAACGAUCUUGACUUCCUGGAGGAGGACGACGAUGACAACCACAAUGUGGAGGAGGAUGACGACGAUGAUAAUGACAAUGACAACGACGGAUACAGCAAUGAUGAUGAUGAGUGA